AUGGAUCUCCCGCAAACGCCAGAAGACAUCGAGGAUGUUGUCGAUGCUUUUGAUUAUUCAUACGCGGAUGUUUGGGGGGAUUACGACGAUUAUGGUAUCUACAUGGGAGAGGAAGAAAGAGAGGAAGAAGAAGUGACCGAGGUUGACGUAACAGAACAAAUAACGAAAGUCGAAGUCGAAAAGAUAGACGAAUUGGUGGCUAAGGUCGAGGAAGAGGAGGAAAAACCGCGUCGCCUGAUCUUGACUCCGGUUAGGAGGAAAGUGGUCACCACCGAGUCCGAGGAGACAUUGGUCACGCCGGAGGAGGAAGUAUCUGUCACGAGCUAUGAAACUACCACCGAGAGCUCGGUCCAUCCGUGCCUGCGCGACAUAGACAUCAGCGACUCCAAGCUGAAACUGGUGGAUCCCUACACGGUGUAUCCGAUCCCGCCCGAUCCCGGCUUGAUACCAGCUUUCUGGGUGUUGUACGAUCGCCCGCCGACCUACCACGAUGACUUCGGACGGAAAUAUUACGAUGCGACGAAGCGCACCGGCGUCAGGCCGAUUGAAUCGUUGAGGCACAUGCUCGUGACCGACGAGGUGAACUUGUGCUACUGCGGGCUCGAGUCGCGAGCGAUGAAAGCGAUCUGCGAGGGUCUGUCGGGCAACACCUUCGUGCGGAAAGUGGAUCUCAAGGACAACAGGCUGUCCGAGGAAGCGUGCGGGCAUUUGAACAAGAUGCUGCUGGAGAACAACGCGAUCACCAGCCUGUCGCUCUCGGCGUGCCGGAUCGGCGCGAACGGCGCGAGGAAGUUGUACAACGCGAUAUCGACGAGCACGACGCUGAAGUCGCUCGACCUUAGCGACUGCGACAUCGGGAACGAAGGCUUCGAACAUGUCGCGUCCGCGUUGUCCGACAGUCCAGCUCUCGAGAGCGUCAAUCUGUCGGGCAAUCGUCUGGACGAAUCGUGCGCCGAAAAUCUGCGGGAUAUGCUGUUGCGCAACGUUCAGCUGAAGGAUCUGGACCUGUCUUGGAAUUCCCUGUACAGCGCCGAGACCUGGAAGGCUCUAGUGAACGGGCUCACGAAGAACGAAACGCUGCUUUCCCUGAACUUAUCCUGGAACGGACUCCAGUCGGAAUGCGUGCGUUAUCUGUGCCAGUUGCUGUUACAGUCGCGGAACAUCGAGAAGCUGAAUCUCAAUCGAAAUAAUCUCACAGAAGAAGACGCUGUGCACAUCGCAAGCGCUCUAGCCAAAAAUAAUACGCUUCAAAAACUAUAUCUGAGUAACAAUCCUUUAAAGGCGCAAGGUGCUCUAGUCUUGGUUCAAGCGAUGAAACCACGGGAUGUUGUUUUACGCCUCCUGGACUUGGAAAACGUUUGGGCGAAAAAGGAUAUUCUGCCAGAGUUGGAGAGAAUCAAGGUGUUGAAACCGGGAGUCGUAGUCAGGCUGGGCGGUAUUCUGAGUAAUUACAAGCUUGUCGGACCGAAUGAGAGGAAAAUACUUCUGAAAAGAGCGAAGCACGAGGCGAUGAUGCCGAAAAGGAAGAAGCAACAACGGGACUUCGGCCAAUUCGUGAUAUCGUUACAAGAUAGUGAUAUUUUUCGACAGAGAUUCAAGUCACUGAUAAGGAAAUUCAGGCUGAAGCUCUCGGAAACACUCGUCGAAGAGCUUAUGAGGGUAUUCGAGGGUAAGAAGAAAAAUACUGUCGAUCAACAACUAUUAAAAUCAUGUUAUUUGGAAGAGUAUCCUGAAACGAUAUUAUCAAUGCUGAAGAAAAAAGGCAUCAAAUAGGCAGAAGAGAAAUGAGAAGGGAAUAGAAGUUAGCAUAAAGGAAAAC